UUCGCCCGUCGUCGAUUGCUGAUUCGCGAAGCUGCCGCUGACCGCGCAUCAAUCCAGUACAGGCAGCCGCACGGAAUCGCCACAAGCCCACACCGAAUUCCUAACUGAUCCUGUCCCGUGAUCAGAGAAGGAGGUCAUGAGGAAGAAGAAGACACCACCGAUAAGUAAUUUUUUCAAGCCAAUUGCUUCAAACUCUACAGUUGAAAAUGCAAAUGCAACCGUGGAGGUCGAUGUCACAGAGCAACCCACUGAUAACAGUGUCCCCAAUCUCAAUUCAGUUGAUAUGCCACCCCCCAAGCAAAAUAUUGAGGCAUCUGUAGAAGUAGAAGUUCUAGAACAACAAAGAAUCGGAAGCACACCAUUCGAGCGAGACCCUGGAAAGCGCAAACAGAUUUGGGAACUCCCUCUUGAUAAGCAAAAUGAAGCACGCCAAUUCUAUAUUUCUGAAGGCCGAUACAUGCCAUACAUGAGAGAGUAUCCAUAUAAUGAUGAUCCACCAAAACAUCGUCGGCGUUUCCAGUACAGUUGGUUCAAGGAUUUUGAAUGGCUUGAGUUUUCACCUUACACAAAGCGUGCAUAUUGCUUCCAUUGUUUCCUCUUCUCAAGAAAGCCGAUUGGGAAGUGCGGCUCAGAAACAUUUACUGUUUUGGGCUUUGAUAGGUGGAAGAAGGUGAAUAAUGGGAAAGAGUGUGCUUUUUUAACUCAUAUGGGUAAAGAUGCUGGUUCAGCCCAUAACUUCUCAGCUCGUUGUUAUGAUAAUUUCAAAAACAGCAUGACUCAUAUUGAUAAGGUGUAUGGGAAAGCAACCGCAAAAACGAUUUUAGAUGCAAGGCUAAGGCUCAAAGUUACAAUUGAUUCCAUCCGGUGGUUAACAUUCCAGGCUUGUGCUUUUAGAGGGCAUGAUGAAUCUCCGGGAUCCAUUAACCGGGGUAAUUUCCUAGAACUGGUAAAACUUUUGGCUUCUUAUAACAAGGAGGUGAAAGAUGUUGUCUUGGAAAAUGCUCCUGAAAACGCAAAGUACACAUCUCAUCAGGUUCAAGAGGAAAUUCUUGCUAUACUUUCUCGAAAGGUGCAAAGAACAAUUAGAGAAGAAAUUGGUGAUAGCAAAUUUUGUAUAAUGGUUGACGAAGCUCGCGAUGAAUCCAAGAAAGAGCAAAUGGCGUUGGUCCUCCGGUUUCCUGACACUGAAGGGUUCAUACAAGAGCGUUUUGUUGAUGUCAUUCAUGUGAAUGACACUCUUGCAUUGACUCUCAAGGAGACAAUUUGCACUGUUCUAGCAGAUAACAAUUUAAAUGUGGAAGAUAUCAGAGGUCAGGCCUAUGACGGGGCCAAUAAUAUGCGAGGGGAGUGGAACAGAUUGAAGGCUUUAAUUCUGAAGGCGUGCCCUUAUGCAUAUUACAUUCAUUGUAUGGCGCAUCAGCUUCAAUUGGCCCUUGUUGCAGCAUCACGAGAGAUACUCUCUAACACUAAGGUGCUCCUCGCUGAUCUAAGAGAGGAAGGAUGGGAACCUCUCAUAGAGGAGGUUAAGACCUUUUGUGUGAAGCAUGAAGUUGAGAUCCCCGAUAUGAGUCGCAAGUAUGUUGAUGUGACUAAGUCUCGGAAUAAACAUAAUAACAUCACGGUGCUUCACCACUACAAAGCAGAUGUGUUCAAUGUGGCGAUAGAUCAACAACUGGUUGAGCUAAAUGACCGUUUUAGCGUUCAGACAACAGAGCUAAUGACACUCUGUGCAUCCUUGGAUCCAAGGCAUGACUCGUUUGACAUAUCAAAGAUUUGCAUGCUUGUGGACAAAUUCUAUCCAGCGGAUUUUUCUAGUCAAGAGCAGGCUCGCCUGGAGUCACAACUUCCACACUAUCAGUUAGAUGUUUGCAACCAUCCAGAGCUGAAUUCUUCGUCAUCACUGGCUGAUUUGACCGUUGCAUUGCAUAAAACAGGUAAAGCCUCUGUGUAUCCAAUGGUUGAUAGAUUAUUGCGCUUGGUCAUCACUCUCCCGGUGUCAACUGCAACUGCGGAGAGAGCUUUUUCAGCAUUAUCAAGACACGUCUCCGAAGUAAAAUGGGUGACGAUUUUGUUCGACCUUACAUGGUUGUAUACAUUGGGAAGGAAAUAG